AUGGGUGACAAUUGGGGUUUGUUGACUUUCUAAAUUUUUGAAGAUUUUGUGAAUUCUGGUUUAAAAAAUUGUUUUUUUACGCCGCGUUGGAAGUAAUUUUCGCGAAAUGCAAAUAUCUCUGACUCUCCGAAAUUUAGUUAUCUUUUCUAAUCUCUGAUGGCUAUUUUAAAUUUCGCUAAACACGAUAUUGUCGAAGUAUUCCAUUUUCUUUUUUUCAUUUCUUUUCAAAAAAAAAAGAAUUUUCGAAAUAUAAGUUGAUGUACGGUGGAGAUAGGGCUGAAAUUUGAAGGUUAAUUUUUUCAAUUCAUUGAAAUUCAUUCAAAUUUCGAUCAUCAUGUUUAUUUGACGAUAUAUUCCAGUUAUUUUAGAAUGAAAUCUUUGAGAUUGUCAGAGAAAUCAUUUACGGUGUAUCUAAUGCUUCCCCAAGACAAAGCUUCCUCGCAGACGACGAUGAUUUCGAACCCGAGGUUUCCUCUUUGGCACCGCCGCCGGCUCCAGAACCAGUAGCGCCGACGCCUCAAACGACGACGGCGGCUCCGAAAAAGAAGGCGCCGACCUUCCAAAUGGAGAGCUUAGGACGCGAAUUGAGCGCCGCGGAACGCGAAGAAAUGCAACGUCAACAGGACCUUUCUCUCGCUCGCGAGCUUUUCGAAGGUCCUCCAGCUCUUUUCCACUUCUUGAGGUUAUUUCCCUGUUUCAGGUGAAGGUGAAGACCAGCCUCGACUGUACUCGGAAAUCGUUUCAAAAGAGGAGUUCGAGUUGUGGGGAGAGAAGGUUAGUAAUUCAAUGAAGUUUUUAUUUUUCACUUUUUAUCGGUGACUGAAAAAAAUUCCAGAGAAAGAAUUUUUCAGAAAUUUAAACUUUAUGAAAGUUAAGAUCAGUAAUUUUUUCAUUUGUACUGCAAUUUGAGGUUAUUUUUCGCAAUAACUAUGAGAAACUGAAGUGUACAAUACAUUUGAAAGUCUAGGAUUUAGGUUCGCAUUUCUUUCGAUUGCCCCAAAUUCAAAAAAAUUAAAAAAAUAUUUUUUUUACAAAGUCGAAGUGUCCAUCGAGGUUCUCGAAAAAAAGAUAUCCAAAUUUUCUUCCGAAAAAAAGAAAAAAACAUUUAUGAGGUCCUUCCUAUCGUCUAUCAGUUGAUUUAUUUCAGAAGUUUAUAUUUUCUUUUUUUGUUAAAUUCUUUUCAUUUAUUCUAGACUUUUCAAAUAAGAAAUCGCUUAGAAAAAAAUUUCAUACUCAUAUUUUUUUCAAAAAAAGUUCUUCUAGUUUUUUUGUAUUUUUUUCUUUGUCUCAGAAACUUAACCAAUCAUGACGUUGAUAGGGAUAAAAACCCGAUUAUGAUCAAUUUUUUCCUUCAAUUUUUCAAAAACUGCCUUCAGGUCGGCCAGUUCCUUCACACGCGUCACAAGGCUGCCAACUACGGGUUUUUGCUCAGCAAAUUGUUUGUCGAGCUCACAGACAACAGUAUUCUGUGCAUUCCCACUCAGUUUUGAUUUUUUUAAUUUUCAGUGGAAGCCGUUGAUAUUCGGAAAAUGUCCAAUCACCUGAAAGCCAUCGCCGAUGCCAAAAAGACGGAGGUCAAGGUGGGGCUCUUUUUUAUUAGGAAACGUACGUGGAAUAGUCUGAACAUCCUUCGCCUUUUUUACUCAAGUAACUGGAGUAUUGAAAAAGAAAUGAUAAAUGAAAUAGGUAAGGAAUUGAAACAAGAUAUCUUGCUAGUACUUUUUUUCAACUUUUUUUUUAAGUAAUAAUAAUUCCUCGACAGGUCAGUGUGAACCUUAACUUAUGCACUUGUAUCUAGAAUUUGAGAAAAUACAUCGUACAGCUAAACAUCGCAUCAGUCUUAAAGGAACAGAUAGAAGAAUAUCGCAUAUUGAUAGAUUGACCAGUAAAUUUCAGAAGACGUUUGGUGACAUUGAAUUGAAAUUUGAGAGUGAUUUUGUUCCAAGUAGCAAUAAUUCAUUUCUCAUCAAAAAAUGCAUGAAAAAUUUCUUUCCAGCAACCGAAACCCGGUACAACUGCCGCGGUCAAGUCGAAGAAAAAAGCGCCGCAACUCAAGGCCAACAAGGGCGCCAACAACUUGUACGACGACUAUGGUGGCGACGACGCCGCUGGUUUUCUGAAUUCCUUAUUUUCCACAUCUUAAUCCCGAAUUUUCAGCAGCCUACGACGACUACGACGACUUCAUGUAA